CUGAGCUGCGCGCAGUCUCAUCCCUUGACGAUGCUUCACAUGUUGGAGAGUCUGUCGCCCACGAGCACAGGGCUCAUUAUCGCAUUCGCGAUCGCGGUGCUGGGGUAUUUGGUCUUCUUCCGCGAGUCGCAUUCCCUGCCCCUUGUCAACGGCAAGCAGCCGUUCGAAAUCCGCUUGAUCCACGCGAAGCGGCGGUUUCUCUUCGGUGCACGCAGUCUCAUUCGCGCAGGGCUCGACAAGUGGCCGGCCUUUGAAAUCGCAACCGAAAACGGGUACAGAGUCAUCCUAGGCCCGCAAUACGCAAACGAAGUCCGGAGCCACGAAGCGCUGAGCUUCGGGCGCGCCGUCGCGCAUGAUUUCCACGCGCAGAUCCCGGGCUUCGAGCCGUUCAAGGAGGGGACCGGGGCAGAGCGGGUUUUGCAGGAUGUUGUGCGGAUGAGGUUGACGCAGAGUCUUGGGGCCGUGACGAAGCCGCUAUCCGAUGAAACGGCGCACGCGCUGCAGACGAACUGGGGAGAUAGUCCCGAAUGGCAAACCAUCCCCCUCAAAACCACCGUCCUCUCCAUCGUCUCGCAACUCUCCUCCAAAGUCUUCCUGGGCGACCAAAUCUGCCGGAACCCUGACUGGUUACGCAUUACAGUUGCAUACGCCGUCGAUUCCUUCUUUGCAGCAGAGGCACUGCGUCUCUGGCCGUCAUUCCUGCGAUCCCUUGUCGCCCCCUUCCUCCCAACCGUCCGCAAAAUCCAGUCUGAGCUCGAGGAGGCGCGCCAGAUCAUCGCGCCAGUCCUCGAGCGGCGCAAGGCCGAAAAGCAAGCAGCGACCGAGCGAGGGCGAGAGCCAGAGGCGUAUCACGAUGCAAUGGAGUGGAUGGAGCAGUGCGCCAAGGGGCGCGAGUACGAUGCGGCGGUUGCGCAGUUGUCACUGUCGCUUGCGGCGAUUCAUACGACGUCGGAUAUGCUUACACAAGUGCUGUAUGAUAUCUGUGCGUGCGAUGGACUGGUCGAGGAGAUGCGGAAGGAGAUUGUAGAUGUGAUCCGGGCGGAGGGGUGGACGAAGAUGACCCUGAAUCAGCUGAAACUGAUGGAUAGUGUGCUCAAGGAGAGUCAGAGGUUCAAGCCGACUACUAUUGCAACAAUGCGCCGCAUGACCAUAAAGCCCCUGCGCCUCUCCGACGGAACCACCAUCCCCAAGAACCGCAUCCUCUUCGUCUCCUGCGAGCGCAUGUGGGAUCCGUCCGUAUAUCCCUCGCCUGAAAGAUUCGACCCGCAUCGCUUCCUCAAGCUCCGCCAAGUCUCCGGCCACGAAACCUCCGCACAACUCGUCGCGCCGUCGCCCGAGCACAUGGGCUUCGGGCUGGGCAAGCACGCGUGUCCAGGGAGGUUCUUCGCAGCGAAUGAGCUCAAGAUUGCACUCUGUCAUAUUUUGAUCAAGUAUGAUUUGCGGUUUUCGGACGAGUGGCACAACCCGAAGCCGUUUGGGAUGGGACUGGCGUUUUCGGCGGAGCCCAGGGCGACGGUGCAGAUUCGGAGGAGACGCGAGGAGAUUGAGCUGUAAGACGAGUCAGUAGAAUGGCAAUGAAAGAUUUUCGAAAAAGUGGAAAUAAAACAAGACUUUUAUGAUAACAGGAUUGAACUGUGGCCUGUGGUAACUGGUGGUGUGGACCGGCUUGAUAGAUGGUCUCAACAAUCAUAUCCACAUGGUGCCUCUAUGGAUAAAUCGACGAUCAACCCGCUGUUCUAAACUUGUAUACGUCUGGUCCUGAUGGAAGCUUUUGAUGGGUAGUCCAGACUCAACCACGACACCAAAGUCGGAGUAUAUUGCUUUGUCCCUCAAUAAAUGCAUAGAUCUGUUGAGAUCACAUCUCUUAGACACCU